ACCCCUCUCGUCUUUCGCACUCUCGGGAGAAGUCUGGUCCGUUGUAGCAGGAGACCUUUCAGCCUCACUGUAACGUAAAACCCUAGAUCACUUUCCCGCCUCUUUUCUCCUCCAUUUUUGGAACUUCAACUUUACCUUCAUCGCAAAAACCCUAGUUUUUCUUUCUAAACCGUAGCUUCUGCAACUUCAAGAGAGACAGAAGACUGAGGGUGAAGAAGCAGAAGGGGAAAAACCAAAUCGAGCCACAAUGUCGAUGUCCAAGAGUUCAAAGAUGCUUCAGUACAUCAACUACAGGAUGCGCGUGACGAUCCAAGACGGUCGCCAGCUUGUCGGGAAGUUCAUGGCCUUCGAUCGCCACAUGAAUCUCGUUCUCGGCGACUGUGAGGAGUUCCGCAAGCUCCCACCCGCAAAAGGGAAGAAGAAUGAAGAACGUGAAGAUCGGAGAACCCUAGGUCUUGUUCUUCUCCGGGGUGAAGAGGUUGUCUCCAUGACCGUCGAAGGGCCACCACCGCCUGAUGAAAAUCGUGCCAAAGCUUCUGGUGCGGCUGCAAUGGCGGGUCCAGGAAUUGGCCGCGCCGCGGGGAGGGGAAUUCCGACGGCGCCUCUUGUUCAGGCACAGCCUGGUCUUGCUGGGCCUGUUCGUGGUGUUGGUGGGCCUGCUCCUGGUAUGAUGCAACCUCAGAUAUCACGGCCGCCUGUACCGCAGUUAUCUGCACCGCCUAUUACUUAUCCGCAGGGACCGGUUGCUCGCCCUCCUGGGCAGUUGCCUGGGUUCCCCGGGCAGCCUCCACCAAUGGCACGGGGACCGCCUCCUCAAUUUGCUGCUGCAAGGCCAGGUGGAGCACCCCCUGGUCCAUUCUCUGUACCUCCACCACAGUUUGGGCAGCGGCCGAUGCUGCCGCCACCACAAAUGAUGAGAGGACCACCACCUCCACCAAGACCGGGAAUGCCUGCACCACCGCCGCCUCGUCCUGGGAUGCCUCCUCCACCAGGUGGAGUUCCUGUCUUCGGCCCACCUCGCCCUGGUAUGCCGCCACCACCAAAUCCUCAGCAGCAACAGAAUCAACAACAGCAAUAAUGAAUUGGUUUAUCCUUAAAGUUUAAAGACGGUGAAGGGGUUUUAACUGCACUGCUUUGUAUCGUUUAUUGCUCAGCAUCUAGUACUUCCUGAUUUGCCAAGGUGGAAAAGUUGAGAUUGAUGUAUGGAAUUACUCGUUUAGGCUUUUGAUAUCACUAAGUUCACAACAGCACAAUUAGAGAAUUGCUUUUAGCUCUUUAGUGUUACUUGGGAAAUAUUUUAUUAGAGUUGUUCAGCCAGUAGAACUCAAACCAUAUAUUGGGGCUCUGAUGCAAGACAGUUUACUUAAUUGCUGACUCUAGUUUAAAGAUUGUGAUAUAUUGAAUGAGAUUUUAGUGCGUUUCUGUGCA